AUGCCUACCCCGUUACAGCGUCUUGCUAAGUACGGCAUCGUUCCGGAGGACUGGCCUCAUGCCAGUUCCUUCGAGGACCUGCCUUCAGUCUACCAAGAGCUUUUCAAAACUGAACGAAUGGAACAAGCCUUUAUACGUGAUCAACAGACCUUGCAAUCGAACGAUGAAUUGGAAGACAAACCAGAGGCUCUAUGGGUAGUGGCGGCCUACCAUUUCACUCGACAACGCGAAGCCCUUUGCUCGAGGGCUAAUUUCAUCGAUGCCGGGAAAGUGAAAGCCACCAAGUUGACUGAUCUGUCGACGGAGCUUCUCCUGAUGAUCGUCCAAAACUUCCAAUACUCAGCACCACUAGUAGAUGGCCUCUUGGAAGAAGAUGUCGUCCCCCCAUUCCCCCACGAAGACCGUCACGCCGUCCAAUCCCUGCGUCUGGUGUCCCACCUUUUCAAUGACCUGGCAUCCCCACUUCUCUGUCCCGUUGUCCACCUCACGGUCGACCAGGAUUCGUUCCUCAAGGUGCGGCGCAUCAUGAAGAACCCCCUACUGGCAUCUGGCGUCCGAGCAUUUAGUAUCGGCCUCGAAUACCGCCCAACGCGGCUUGCAAGAGAUUUCCGAACCUGGCUAGGACGCUACCGUGAAGGAAUCGGCGCACGUCUCCUCUCGUCGGAAAUCUCGCAGAACGCAUGCAGGCUAAAGACUACCCCCGCCCCCUGUGCCGCAAGGGAAGCUGAGCUCCAGGAGGAAUCAAUAGUCCUCCGCGAUGCUUGGCGCAGGGCAAAGCUGUUCGGGGCUGCUGAGAAGGAGCUGAGGUGCCGAACGUAUGUUGGCGAUGACCCUUUAUAUAACGGGUUAUUCGAGGAAGAUAUUGCCGAGUACAAGCACCUCAUCCUGGGAAGUCACGCCGCGUUCGCGUUGGCAUACGACCUUCAGGCACGGCUGAUCUCAACCAAGCAGUUCGCCAAGGCGGUCGGUAAGUUGGCUGCCAAGGCGGGCCGGCCAGUAGCUCUCGAGCUUUUCGAGAGAACCUGGAAUCUCCCGAAGCGCGGCAAGUACGAGACGCGGACCGUCUUCAGAUCCGAACAAGUCUUGCGCGACUUCCUUUCGGCUGAUGUGGGUUGGUACAUGGAGCUGCACGCCGAAGGAAAUAUACGGCGGGAAAUGCCAAUUUCCCUCAUCGCCGAUCUGCCGCUACAGAUUCAUCGAGCCAAGGGGGUGUUGGCUGGCUUUCAGCUUCGUUGCCCGCCAUUACCCCAUCAUAUCGAUGUCUUGGUCAACACGGAACUAACCGACUGGAGGUGGUUGAGCGAUUCCUUUCGCCACCUCAAGGUUCUUCGGAUCCCUCGAUUGUGUGUUGAAGAUGAAGACCGUUUCAACUUGAUUUCGACGCCACGGAAGUGCAUUUAUAGGUGGUUCUUUACCGCGUUGCUCUCCGCACCAUGCCUCAAUGAGGUGUCUCUCGAAGGCCAUAUAUAUACUCGGUUCCUUCAUCGGCUAAAGCUGUCCGGAACGGUCUUGUCCUCGCUCCGCGGUGUCCCUCCCAUCAGCGCCUCGCCCCAGCUUAAAAGGAUCCAUUUGUCAUCCGUGGCGCCCUCCCAGCUGCACAUUGCGGGGCUUGCCCGAAGGCUCAAAAGCGCCUAUCCUAGCUGUCUAGCUGGAGAUUCAUCCAUGGAUAUGGAUGUGGACCCGUGUAAGGCAAUGGAUCUCUUCCGAGAAAAGUUGAGCCAAUCUCGGGAGACUAGCAAACUAUAUAAAGCUCCAUCCAAGGAUGUGGACCCGAGAAAAGCAGUGGAUCUCUUGCGAGAGAAGCUGAGCCGAUCUCGCAUUCCUAACCCUCUGGAGGCAGACGCUCCGGAGGCAGACCGUACCUUCUACCUCAAUAUUGUCAGCGAAGAAGAGAGAUCCCUAGCAGAUGAUCAUCCGGAAUUGUGGAGCGAGCUGGCGGCCUACAUGGAAGGCGAAAGAUUGAAUGGUACCCCAGUCUGGAUGUGGACAAUUAACUACUGGUAA